AUGUUUUGUAAAAUUGCUGCAAAAAAUCUAUAGUUUUUUUUAAUAAAUAGAACCCAGACAUAUCGAGACAUGCAAAGAAAGAAUUAAUUAAUUAAUUAAUGUCAACAUAGAAAAGUCUCAAAAUAAUCAAGGCAGCUUUUAAAGUAACAAAAUUAUUGUUUUUAAAUUAGGCAAAAUUUACUUAUUUAUUUAUUUAGAUUCUUUUACAAAUUGUUUAUGAGGGACUAAAAUACAAUCGAAAAGCUAUCUAAAAAUCUUCAAAAGUGUAGGCGUGUAGUUUUUUAAUUUGUAUGUUUGCUUAUUGUUUCGAAUCAUUUUUCUUCAAAAUUUAAUGAGCCUAUGAAAUAAUAGAGGCAAUAAUUAUUUUUUAUCAAACUUACAUUGUUAUUUAAAUUUAGUUAGUGA